CCCCCCCGUGCCUGUGAUCCUCCGUGUCCCCCAGUGUACCCUCUGUGCGUGUGACCCCCUGUGUCCCCCCAAGUCCGCCGUGUGUCUAUGACACCCCCGUUUCCCCCCACGUGCCUCACACCCCCCAUGUCCCCGUGUCCCCCGUGUGCCUCUGUCCCCCCAUGUUCCCCAUAUGACCGUGGCCCACCGUGUCUGCCUGAGCCCCUCGUGUGCCCGUGUCCGGCUGUGCCCCCCAUGUGCCUGUGACCACCGGUGUGUCCCCCCACAUCCCCCUGUGUCCUCCGCUCGUCUGUGUCCCCCGUGUCACCCGUGUGCCCGUGUCCCCCACGUCCCCCGCGUGUACGUGCCCCUCGGUCUCCCUUUCCCUCCCUGGGGUACCCGUGGCCCCCCGACCGCUGGCUGAGUGCCCCUGCCCCCUCCCCGUGGGCUCCUUUGGGGUGUCCCCGGUGGCGGCGUGUCCCCCGCCCACGUGCCCCGGCCGCUCCCGCGCGCUGCCCCGCGCCCGGCCCCACGCGUGCCCCGCGGGAGGGCGGGGAGUGCGCGCGGCACCUGCCCCCGCCGGGUAAAAAUAGCGCCGGGGCGGGCGGGGCGGCGGGCGCGGUGCGGAGCGGCCGGAGGCAGUGACCGCAGCAGCAUGGAGCCCCUGGGAGACACUGACACCCCCACCUCCGGCACCCCCACGUCGGACGCCCCCCCCACGGGGCCAGGGGAAGGGGGGGCAGGGGAGGGCAGCAGGGAGGGGGACCCCCUGGCAGCAGGGGUGGGGGGCACAGAGGACACAGAGGGGGACACCAGGGAAGCUGAAGGUGUAGGGGGCGACACCAAGGGAGCAGGGGACACGAGGGGGGACACCAAGGUGGCUGAGGAUGUCGGGGGAGAAACCAAGGGAGCAGGGGACACCAAGGCAGAUGAGGAUGGGGGGGGACACAACAAGGUGGCUGAGGUUGUGGGGGGACACACCAAGGGAGCAGGGGACACCAAGGGGGACACCAAGGCAGAUGAGGAUGGUGGGGGACACAACAAGGUGGCUGAGGACAUGGGGGGUGAUGCCAGGGCAGUGGGGGAUGCAGGAGGGGACACUGGGGCGGCAGAGGACACGGAGAGGGACACCAAGGGAGGAGCUGCAGGGGAUGCCAGGAGCGAUGCCAGGGCAGAAGCAGUGAAGGAUGCCAGGAGCACUGCCAGGGGUGACGCAGAGGCAGUCGGGGGGGUAGGCAGUGGGGGUGCCGCGGAGGGGCUACAGGAGCCGGCUGGGCCAGGGCCAGCAGCAGGCAGCACCCGGGGCUGGCAGGAGCCCACCUGGCUGCAGGAUGAGGAUGAGCUGUGGCCCGAGUUCCCCCCCAGCAUGUCUCCCGGGGGGGGCACCAGCCCCACAUCCCCCCUGUCCCCCACGUCCCCCACAUCCCCCACAUCCCCCACAGCUGGCACCAGCGAGGGCUCAGGGGGCAGUGAGAGGGGUGCACCAGCAGGGGGGCCACCGGGACGGGCACCCCCCGAGACGGUGGGGCAGAGGCCAAGGCCGGAGGGGUCCGGGGGGCGGCCGCGUGCCAGUGCCCGGGCACAGGGGCGCAGCGCCAUCCUGGAGAAGUUCGGCGGGGCAGCCACGGGGCCGGCCCCACACCUGAAGCGGGUCGGGGGCAGCGCUGCGGUCAAGGCCAUGCUGCUGGAGUGGUGCCGCGCCAGGACCCGUGGCUACCAGCACGUGGAUGUGCAGAACUUCUCGGGCAGCUGGGGCAGCGGCCUGGCCUUCUGCGCCCUCCUCCACAGCUUCUUCCCCGAUGCCUUCGACUACGCCAGCCUGGAGCCCGGCGCCCGCCGGCACAACUUCACCCUGGCCUUCGCCACCGCCGAGGAGCGGGCAGGCUGCGCCCCGCUGCUGGAGGUGGAGGACAUGGUGCGGAUGCCGGUGCCUGAUGCCAAGUGCAUCUACACCUACCUGCAGGAGCUGUACCGCUGCUUGGUGGCCAAGGGGCUGGUGAAGACCAAGAAGCGCUGAGGGGGGGUUCCCCCACAGCCCCCCACCCGUGCCACCCCCCUCUGCCUUGUCACAGAGUCCUCAUGGAGCGGUUGGGGUUGGAAGGGACCUGAAAGACCACCUGGUCCACCUCCCACCAGACCAGGUUGCUCCGAGCCCUGUCCAGCUUGACCUUGAGCUCUCGCAGGAAUGGGGCACCUGCUGCUGCUCCGGGCAGCUGCGCCAGUGCUGCCGCCCUCACGGAAAGAAUUGUGUCCCGACA